AUGUCCAGUGCCAUCCAUCGUUCCCCCUUGCCCGAUGUGGCACUUCUCGAUGUUGAUUUGAUUUCGUACCUUUUCUCCAACCCGUACAACGUAUCCCACGACCGCAAGAUCUUUAUAGAUGCAAUCUCUGGACGGUUUCACACCUAUGAUGACGUGCUUCAGCGCACUAGAUCAUUGGCAUCUGGUCUUCGGCAACUCGGAGUUCAGGCAGGCGACACCGUGGCUAUGAUGUGCCCUAACUCUAUCGACUACCCCAUCAUCUGUUACGGCAUAAUUGGGGCUGGCGCAACAGUGUCUCCAUCCAACGCCGCCUAUACCCGCGAGGAGGUCCAUCACCAAUUGCAGACGACCCGAGCCAAGUAUGUAAUUGUUCAUUCAUCUUUGGCGCAAACAGUCAAAGACGCCGCCAAGGGUACCUCAGUUCAAAAUGUCAUUAUCCAAGCAGCCAAUCAUAACCCUUCGGCUAUGGACGGUGUAAUGGUGCCCACAGUUGAGGAUCUGAUGGCUCAGACACCGACGAAAGACCUCGUUACUACUCCAACCGCAUUGCUGGAUGAGCGACCAGCAUUUAUAUGCUUCUCCUCGGGAACGACAGGGCCAGCUAAAGGAGUCAUUACCACUCAUCGGAACAUUGUGUCCAAUCUACAACAAUGGGAUGCACAUAACGCUCGCGGAGGAUCUAAGCUGCCUACCGCUAGUGUCGCAUUCUUGCCUUUCAGCCAUAUCUACGGCAUCAGUUAUUUUGUCUGCGGCGCAAUGAUUCGAGGAAUGACGACUGCUGUUAUGGCGAGAUUUGACCUAGAUGUCUAUCUGACCUGUAUCCAGACUAUUCAACCAGAGGAACUGGCAGUAGUGCCUCCAAUCAUCCUCCUACUUGUGAAAGACCCUCGGGUCGAAAAAUAUGAUCUAAGCAGCGUGAGAAAAAUCCUGUCGGCAGCAGCACCGCUAGGCAAAGAGCUGGCCGAGGCUCUCGAGGCCCGGUUCCGGAAGCUAUACGGGACGACUGUUUAUUGCCAUCAGUCCUGGGGGUUGACGGAAACGAGCCCUCUUGCUACUGGAGUUCCUCCAGAACGGAUGGUCGAUAAAAGACACACUGUGGGCUGCAUCACUCCCAAUAUGCAGUUCCGCUUUAUUGAUCCCGAGACUAUGCAAGACGUGGACAUGACAAUUCAAGACAACGGCCAGCUUCCAUUGGCAGAGAUCCUGUGCCGCGGACCAAAUGUGACAAAGGGAUAUCUUGGAAACGAAUCCGCCACAAAAGAUCUAUUCCAUGUUGACAGCAACGGAGACAAAUGGAUGAGAACCGGCGACAUUGCUACAAUUGAUCAAGAUGGUUACAUCACGAUCCAUGACCGCAUCAAGGAGAUGAUCAAGUACAAGGGCCUCCAGGUCAUUCCCAGCGAGCUGGAGGGCAAAUUACUGGAACACCCUGAUGUUGAUGACUGUGGUGUCACGUCUCGAUAUGUCGAGGACCAAGCGACUGAACUGCCUGUUGCCUUUGUUGUUCUGACCUCGCAAGCCCGGUCACAGCCGCUAAAUGCUGUUGCUACGAACCUGGAUCAGUGGAUCAAUGAGCGUGUAGCAAAUCACAAGCGGUUAAGAGGUGGAAUUCAUUUCAUAGAUGCCAUCCCGAAGAGUCCCAGUGGGAAGAUUCUGAGGAGGAAAUUGAAGGAAUUGGCGCGUAACCGCGCCGCCUCGAAGCUAUGA